GUUUCCAGAUCUAAUGAAAUGUGCUAAAGUUAUCCCUCUGUUUAAAGCUGGUGACAAAUCAGAUCCCAGCAAUUUUAAGCCUAUAUCUGUAUUACCAGCGCUAAGUAAAGUAUUUGAGAAAAUAAUUUAUAACCAAUUACUAGCACACUUUUCUAUAAAUAAGCUAUUUCAUUUAAAACAGUUUGGUUUCACUAGAGGCAAAAGUACUACUGAUGCUGGAACUGCACUUCUCAAACACAUCUUUGAUAUAUGGGAGAGUAAGCACGAUGCUAUUGGCAUUUUUUGCGACUUAUCAAAGGCGUUUGACUGCGUUAGCCAUGAAACAUUGUUAAAUAAAAUGAAGUAUAUGGUGUAUCAAAUAUUUCACUAAGUCUGAUACAGUCUUAUCUUUCUGCUAGGAUUCAGAAAGUAGUUAUAAAUGAAGCUGAGUCUACAAGAGCACCCAUUUCUAUGGGCGUGCCCCAGGGUUCAAUAUUGGGCCCAUUGCUUUUCCUUAUUUAUAUCAAUGACCUUCCUCACUUUACAAGAGAUUUGUGUGAGACAGUACUAUUUGGUGAUGACACCUCUUUAUUGUUUAAAGCUAGAAGAAGAAAUGAUUGUUAUGACGAAGUAGUAAAUUGUGCUUUCUCGAAAUCCUUCACUGGUUUACGGUAAAUAAUUUAAAACUUAACUCCAGUAAAACAAAAUGCGUUAAGUUUACUCUACCUAAUGUGAGGCAGGUUAAUACUAGUAUAAAAAUAAAUGACCAGCCUGUAGAGUUAGUGGAUUCUACAAAGUUUCUGGGUAUUACUUUAGACUCUCGUCUGCAAUGGGAUCCUCAUAUUGAUGCCUUGUUCUACUUGACAAGGCGAGCUCUGCAGCUUUCGCUGUUAAAAAAAUAAGACUCUUAACUGAUGUGGAAACGGCAAGAUUAGUUUACUUUGGUUACUUUCAUAGUGUUAUGUCAUAUGGCAUUUUGUUGUGGCGCUCAGCCGCUAAUAUCGAAAGUAUUUUCAUACUGCAAAAGAGAGCUGUUCGCGCCAUAUACAAUUUAAAGGCAAGAGAAUCCCUUAGAGAAAAAUUUAAAGAAAUUAAUAUUUUAACAAUGGCGUCGCAAGACAUUUAUGAAAAUUUAAUAUAUGUAAGAAAAAACUAUGAUGAAUUUGCAAAAAAAAGUCAAACCCAUAACUUUAACACGAGAUUUAAGAACAAGCUUGCCGUUCCAUGUUUCAGACUCCAAAAAUCAAGAGGUUCAUUUCUGGGUUGUAGUAUUGCAUUGUUUAAUAAAGUUCCCCUAGAUCUGAUUGAGCUUCCACUGACUAAAUUUAAAUCUCAGAUCAAAAAUACUCUUAUGAAUAAGGGCUAUUAUAAAGUUGAUGAUUAUCUAAAUAAUCGUAAUGCAUGGACAUAGUGUUUCUUAUAAUUUGUUAUUAAAUGGGUAUUGGUCAUUUUUCAUAACAGUAAUAUUGUACCUAUCUAAUGCCGCUUCCUAUAUACUAAAUAUAAUGUUUACUAUAAAAUUAAUUGUAACUAUAUAUUUAUAUUCUAAAUGAUGUAAUGGAAUGUCUUCUGACGUAUUUCUGAAGUCAUUUUUCAACUUGAUGACACUGUAUAUAACAAUACAGGGAGAAAAAAACAGCCUUUGCUGAGUUUCUUGCCGGUUCUUCUCAGUACAAGGUCUCCCGCCGUAGUUUUGCGAACCGAUGGCGUAGCUUCUUGACCUUCACAAGUGCUUGUAACAGCCUAGACUGAAUAAAUGACUUUUCAUUUCAUUUUAUCUUAAGGGAAGCGACUUGAAUGUAAGUGAGGUUUAAAAACUUUUCAGUAGCCUGCCGGUGCCCUAAGACUGUAAGAGAACAACGCAGUGGCUAACGCGGCAGUGUAUUGACAUAGUUGUCAAAACAAAUAACAACAAUAUUGUAAACACUUUGGUCGCGGCAUAGUGUACGCGUACUCACCAUCAACAAAAACAAUGCAAAUAAGUCACAACUAUUCGUUGUAAACUGCAUGAUGUACAUGAUGAUGUUACUUAUUUUGUGAGAAAAACAACUAAAUAUACAACAGCUCACUGACAUAAAAGGAUUUUAAUUAUUUUAUAAGGGUAAGCCCAUCGGAACUAAAUAUUAGUUUCUAUUCCUGCCAGAUUUUUCUGAACUGUAUUUACAUCUAGGUACAAAAAGAUAAAUGUUGCGUGACUAUGAUAUGCAAUGCACACUUUACUUCUCAAGUAAAUAAACUUAUAAGAGAAAAGCUGUCCGAGUUUAGAUAAUUAAUGUCAAUAAUAGGAAAUAAAAGCUUAAUUUGUGAUGUUCUAAACUGAGAGAUAGUUAAUGAGAGCGGUAAAUCAACUGCUUUUAUUUAUUAAAAGAAAGUCACAACUGUUUUACAUAAAAUACAUUGAAAGCCACUUAACUUUAAAUGAUAAGUAAAUGAUGUCUUAAAAAGCAAACGCUUUGUCGACGGUUUUAAUUAUUUACCUUCUUGCCGUGCGGUUUAGUGACAAAUGGUGAACCUACUACGGGUAACUUUUAACCAUCAUAAACACAAUGGCGGAUUAUCUAAUGUUGCGUUCAAUAACGAUUGUUCACAUAUGGAAACAUUAGGUAACUUUGAAAACUCACAUUUACAUAAGAAUGUCAAGAAUUCUCAUAAUAAAGGGAUGUUUAAAUUAACAAUGUGUCCCUUAAGAAACAACAAAGCCUGUGAUUUCAUUAUGUAUACAAUAGACCAGAAGAUUCGAUUUCUCAUUACAGGUACAUAUUUUUUAUACUUACAUGCUGAACGUUUGAAUAUGAAAUUUGAUAAGAAUUAAAACAAUUCUUACUUAUUUCACACAGUCUCGCGUGUAUUAUGAUUUGGUCCUACAGAUAACAAAAAACUGAACCGACACAAGAGGUAUAAUAAAUUGAGUGAAACAUAUUUCUUUCCCAUUGGAAAUCGGAAUGUUAUUGUAAAUAUAUUUUUGUACAAUAACGGCUGAAAUGCAAUGCGAAAUGAAACGCAAUCGAAACGUUUGGAGGUGUUAUGUAUUUCAGCAGCAAACACCCUGUGGCGAUGCGUAUGCGCUGGCGUCACUCAUUCAGCGGGUAUAAACGGUCCGCCUGGUGCUCCUCAGCGUCAGUCGAGCCUCGGAUCUUAAUCGUAUCACAUCACUCUUUUGUGUCAUCUGUAAGCAUUAUGAUCGGUCUCAAGAGCUCCGUUGUAUUCUUCCUCCUACUGUCCGUCAUAGUCUCCGGUGAGUUUCGCUAAUUGAAUAAUUGUAAUUAUUACCUUACCAUUAAAGAGAAGUUACAAAGCAUAAGUUGUGGAAAUGUUUCUUAUUUAAAUGGCAAAAUACUUGUUUUAAUAAUUUUCGAUAUAUAAAACUAUAUUUCAAUAAAAUAAGGCAGAGUUUGGGGAAAAAACUGGCUUACAAAUGCUAUUACUUAAUGUUCAAAUUGCAAUUCUUAAAGGUUGAGCCCUAAAUAGCUUAAGAGCCUUUGAUACAAUAAGUUGUGCUAUAGGUAAUGUAAUUGAAGAUGGGCAUAUAGAGAUACAGUUUCAGGUAUUCUUUGAUGCAAAUAUCUAGUUUUAUUCUCAUUAUAAAUGAACCUUAAAUUGAUUGGUAAUACCGAUCGAUUUAUUUGAAAACCAUCAGUUAUGUAAAUAAGGAAGCUUUUGUAAAAUACACAGGACGGUGGCUGCCACAAUGUUGGCCCUCCUGAGCGCGGCACGUUCCAAUGGUAAAUAGUAAACACGGCUGAACUGAAAUUAGAAAAACAACCUUUCCAUAUAUAUUCAGUUCAUACUCGUAAUAGUCUCUGUAAUCAAAACAAUUUAAAUUUCAUACUAAUGUAGAAAAGGUAAAAUUUGUAAACUAAAUCUGAUGUACACAAAUUCUGAUAUACCUGCAAAAAAGGGACGACUAUGAUUUAUAAAAUACUUCCAAAACUAAUACUCUACAAAAUCUGCAACAAACAAGAUGCAGAUUUUAAAUUAAAAUAUCCUACUAAUAUUAUAAAUGUGAAAGUUAAGUAUGUUUGUUAAUCAAUCAUGUAAAAACGGCUGAACGAAUUUGGAUGGAAUUUGCCACACACUUGGACUGAGACAUAGGAUACUUUUUAUUCAAUGUUAGUUUCCUGUGGAAUUCCCACUAAACUAAAGCACGGACGAAGUCACGGGCGGCCGUUAAUAGCUAAUAAAUUUCCUAAAUACUACGUUGAUAAACAAAAUAAAAAGAGCCUUGUUGUUUGCCAGAGUGCGUUGAUAUUAGGAAAAAAAUGUUGGAACAACGUUGUAUUUGUAUAUGUAGCGGCCAACUUCUUGAGCAAAACCACAGGCAAAUAACUUGCGCGUAGACGUUUUUAAAUGUAAAAUUGCUACUGCGCAAGCUUCCUUGUCUAUGGUCAUUGCUCAAGAAGUUUGCCGGGGUGUAUCACUAAUAUAUUCAGCAGGCAAGCACAAAAAGGCUAAGCCUAAGAAGUUUGUAUCGCCUACUACGAAGGGUAUCCAGUGCUACAACUGCUUGUCGUUCGACCACCCCGGCUGCUGGGACCCUGAUCAUCCAGACUACGCCAAUGUCACGGUGCCCAACAUCGAUUGCUAUAUACCCGGUAUGGCGUUCCUGUGUAUCGUCAUCACAUCAGAGUCAGCAAAAUUAGUUGAAACCGGUCAGGACAUCGGGCCGGUGCGUGCCAGGACCUGCGUCCCCGCCAAGGACUUCUCAAAGAAGACCGUGUCAUACUCUAUGUGCAGUAAGCUGAGCAAGGAGUUGUCUGCGUCUGAAAUCUUCUCCCGUAUAGCUGUGAUAAGACCCCAAUGCACCCUAUGUAAAAAGCAUUUGUGUACCGACGCAUCACACUGCUAGAUAUCGCUUUAAGAUGCAACCAUUCAAUGUUAUCGAUACGUCAUUACAAAUCCGGCAUUCUUAGGAAGGCUUUGUUUAAUGGCAUUAUCGUCACCAUUUCAAAACUAUACCAGUACUCCUUCGAUGGAAGGCGAUUUGUUAAGUUUAUUUAUAGAAAAAAUUCUCAUCGGAAUUAUUGUUAUUUGAUUGUUGAUUUGUAAUAAUCGAUGUCCGGUGUUGUUGUUACUGUGCAAUUGGUAAACAAGACAUCUGAUAUUGUAUCGGAGAUGUUUUAUAAUAUAAUAGCAUGGCAAAUUCUAACACUGCUGUGUGCCUUGAGCCGUCGGGAGUCGUGGCAGAGUUCCUUCGACAUACCUUUUGUAAUUCUUUAAAAAGCAAAAUCGAAGUAAGAUUUCUUCCAGCAGUUCUGUUUUACUUGAAGUGACUCUGGACUAACGACCCAAGCGUAUUAUUAGUGAAAAUGUUGUUCAAAAGUAAAUUUGUAGUUUACUUUAGGAAAGAUAAGUUUAUGUUGGAAAUAGAAUAGCUAUUAAGGGAAUUGGUAUCAGAGCUGCGCGCAAUGUCAAUAGUGUGUGGCUACUAGUGUUUUUAUCGUUGACAGCAUGAUAUUGAAAUGUUUUGUAGGCGUAAAUGUGCAAGUAAGCUAAUUGAAAGGAAUAAUUAUGAUUGGUUGGGCCGAAUCCUUAUCGGGCCACUGUUGUUAGCGCGCUCUUUAUGUAACAACCAAAUGUUUACUAAACUUACCAUGAAAUGCAAAUUCGUAUAGUACUUGUUUUGAAAUUUACCCACUUGUUGAGUGUACGACGCCAUCGUAAGCUCAGUACCGACGACAUCUUGUUUUUAUAUUUCAAUUAUUUUAAUAAAAGAUAUUUUACCAAAUGGUGUUUUUUCUCUCUGAGAUUAAUAACAUACCCUAAAUAAUUCUGCUUAAUUAAUAUUUGGAAUCGUAUAAGUGUUUAAUUAACGAAAUUCCUAUUCAUUAAUUUUGCUUUACGUUGAGACUGUAAGCGGAAUAUAUUUUACAUGAUGCUUCUUAUGGCAUAAGACAUUUAAAUUCGCAAUUUUAAUGGCAUAAGUAAGGUGAUGUUUUUAAAUAAAUAUGUUGGCGUCUCAUAUUAUUAUCUACGUUAGACCAGAAUACCUAUACAUCAUCCAAUUAAUUAAAAAUCAUUCAAUUCAAAAUUCAAUUUAACAUGAAACAAACAUAUAUAUUGCAGUUGCCUGACGGAAAAAAAGCUAGGAAAUGCCAUUUCUUUUCAUUGGACAGAAUCGUUCCGUAGACUAUUAUUGCACGCUUUCGCAAACUAUUUUUUUUACUAAAAUAUUUAAACCUUUACUUACGACAAUAUUUAUAAUUAUUUAUUUACAAAACCGCUAUCAAAAGUUUGUUUUCAUAUAGAUGGAGAUUUUUCCUAUACGCAAAUUAAAUACGUAAACUAAUAACCGCAAAACUCAUUUAUAUCUACUGUGGAAAUAGAAUAUUUUCUUUUUAAUUAUUACUAUUUCAUCAAGUUUCGUGGCCUCGUUCCUUUAGCUAAUGCUUAAGUCCCUAAGCGCCAAGAAAGAACUCACAAUUCCGAUAAGCCGUGUUCCCCAAGAGGCGGCAUUUUGACCGUAUCUCGCAGAUUAACGCAAGAUUAUGGGAAACUGUUCCGAUCUUAUUAACUUUCGCCAGUCUAUCUACCAUAGUAAAAUAACUACGUACCAAAUAAAACAGCACCUUGCGCUGCAGAAUCUAUUUUUAUUUUCAAAUAGCUAUGAUACCCGGCUUCGCUCAGGAGUUGAUAUGAGAUUACGAGGUACUAGAAACAAAAAAAUAAAAUAUGACGUAAAAAGUAAAAAAAAAAAUAUUGAAAACAUUUUCUCAUUAUUUACACUACUUGUUUAUAAACAUCAUUUUUAUUUUAUUGUCCGGGGUAUUACACCGUGUUCCUGAGGAUAUACAUUAACUUUGAAUAAUACUUCUAUAGCUAAACAUAUCGUACAAAGAAAGUAGUAGUUUAAAUAGCAUAGCUUUUAAGUUAUUG